GAUUUUGGGUUAUGGUAGUAAAAAUUGUGCCCCCUUUUUAUUUCCUCUUCCACUUCCUAAAACCCCAGAUCAGCGGAGAGAGAGGGAGCCACCUCCAUCGCCAUUUUUAGGGUUUUUCCUAGGCUCCGGCUUUCUAGGGUUUCAUCUAACAUGAGCCGUCAUCCUGAAGUGAAGUGGGCUCAGAGAGUGGACAAGGUCUAUGUCACAAUACAGUUAGCUGAUGCAAAAAACGUGGCAGUCAAUCUUGAACCUGAUGGCAUCCUAAAUUUCUCAGCAACUGCUGGACCUGACAAUGCCCCAUAUGAAUUGAAGUUGGAUCUUUAUGAAAAAGUAAAUGUAGAGGACAGCAAGAUAAAUAUUGGAGUUCGCAACAUCUUCUGUGUGGUACAGAAAUCGGAAAUUGGAUGGUGGAAGAAACUAUUACGUGGUGAUGCUAAGGCACCUCAUUACCUGAAGGUGGACUGGGACAAAUGGGUAGACGAAGAUGAUGAUGAAGUUGGAAACGACAUGGAUUUAGGAGGGAUGGAUUUCUCGAAAUUUGGUGAUCCGGCAGGCUUUGGGGAUGGCAUGGGUGAUGGGGAUGGCAUGGGUGAUGACCUUGAUGAAAGUGACGAUGAAGGUCAAGAAGCUGAAAAGGCGGACGCUGCUGCUGACAAAGGCGUUGAAAAAGCGGAACCAGCUGCUUCUGCUAAAGAACAGGCUCCAAGCGUCUGAAGAGGGAGCCAUUAGUGGACUAACCGAUUGUUGGAUUAGAAACUCUAGGGCAUUUUCUUUGGAAGAAAUGCUAAGAUGUUGUAUUCUUUCUGUUGGUAAACUUUCUACACGAAAACACUUGUCUGCGGUACACUAAUUAUUUGAGUAUUCUAUCAGCAUAUAGUGGUUUUUCUAUGAAAAAAUUAUUUGGUCA